UGCAUAGGCUAUAGCAAAAAAAAAAAAAAAACAUGUGCAAGUUCCGCACAAAAAACAAAACAAAAACGGAUUACACCACUGAGCAUUUAACAUAUUUUCACGUCCAUGAGUACAUUUAAGCAAGCUUCCUGACUCGCACCAUAGGAUGUUAAUAUAUAAAGAAGCCGGCAUCAGAGGCACAUGGAAACUGUGGUUCAUAUGCAGCCUUCUCUCACUUCUUCAUGGAGUAAUAUCCGAAACCACUAGAGCACUGGAUAUAAUGACAAAAUAUCCACUAAUUGACGGACACAAUGACCUUGCACUACGUCUAAGAAUAAUUUAUAACAACAAACUGAGCCGGAUCAAUAUGCACAACAUUCCUCAUGUGGCUACAGAUAUCAGGCGCCUCACUGCUGGUCAUGUUGGAGGGCAGGUUUUUUCAGCGUACGUGUUGUGCACGGCUCAGGAUAAGGAUGCUGUCAGACUGACGUUGGAGCAGAUUGAUCUAAUUCGUCGUGUAUGUACUGAAAACCCAGAGCUGGAACUGGUCACUACAGCUGAAGGAAUGAGGAAUAGUACAAAAAUCGCAUGUCUCAUCAGUGUGGAGGGAGGCCACUCCAUCGACAGCAGUUUACCAGCACUACGCAUGUUCUAUCAGCUUGGAGUAAGAUCCAUGGCCCUCACACACACCUGCAACACGCCAUGGGCUGAGACCUCAUCUAGUUUUUACCCAUUUUACCACCGGAAAAGCAACAGCUUGACAGAAUUUGGCAAGGCAGUGGUGAAUGAGAUGAACCGGUUGGGAAUGCUGAUUGAUUUGUCCCAUAGCUCCUGGGAGACAGCCAGAGCAGUAUUAAUCCAUUCCACCGCUCCAGUUAUUUUCAGCCACUCGUCAGCCUAUGCUAUCUGUAACAAUACUCGCAAUGUACCCGACGACCUGCUACUGCGUCUGAAAGAGAAUGGUGGGCUUAUCAUGGUGAAUUUCUACAGAAGCUUUGUAGCAUGUUCAAAUACCACAAACAUAUCUGUUGUGGCUGAUCAUUUUGAUCAUAUAAAACAUGUGAUUGGCACCGAAAGCCUUGGGAUUGGAGCAGACUUUGAUGGAGCUCAAGGAUUCCCUCAAGGACUUGAGGAUGUCUCCAAAUAUCCAUCACUAAUUGAAGAGCUGAUAUCAAGGAACUGGAGUGAGGAAGAGCUGGCAGGAGUGCUAAGACUGAACUUCCUCAGAGUGUUCCAAAAGGUUGAGAAGGUACGUGAUGAUAUGCGAUACAUUUUACCCAGCGAAGUUGAAAUCCCAUUUUUGGAAGCAAACAACAGCUGUCGUCUGAUACUAACUAAUCCAGUCAUGGUCAACCGUAGCUAUCGAAAUGGAAAAGCUUCAUUGAUGCCUGUAAGAGCUAUCCCCUGGUUUAUCAUACUUUUAAUCCAGUUACUGUAUCUAUAUUAAGACAAUGAAUCUUCCAGAGACAGUAUACAAAUCAAAUGUUGUACGAGACACUGCCUUUGAGAUUGCCUUGCCAACACUUAAAUCUUAAGACAAGAAAUUUUCUGACUGAAACUCACACUUUGGAAUAUUGGAAACUUGUGUUGUUUUGGAGUGUUUUGUAACAGUUUCUGAAGAAGACCAUACUUUAGCUUUGUAUAUUAAUAAACCAUUAUAGUGUACAGAUGACAUUUCUGUAAAUGAAUAAAAAUAGCGUUUUGUGUUCAGUUCACGAGAUAACAAACAAUCUGCAUUGUUGCAUUAUGCAUCAUCUGUGUCUUUCGUUCUGUUUCUUUUUUUGUGGCAGUAGUAGCUUUAAAUAUAGGAAAUUAUUGUUUAUUUAUCAUUUGUAUAACAAUAAUUAUUUUUAUUAUUUGUUUCUGAACACAUUUCUCUUACCUUGGACCAAUAAGUUAACACAAACCACUGAGCAAGUUGACACGUUGAACUGCUCAAACUUAGAAACUAAUCUUUUGGAAGCACAAGGGAGCCCAUAAAGUAUGCUUGUAUUUAUCUGCAUAUAACAAAUAAUACUUUGUAAAAUAUGAUACGAUAAUACUAUAUUAAUUUAAUUUUAUAUUAACAUAAUACUAUAUUAUGUAAAUUAUUAAAUGAGGAAAAAAAUACUCACCUUUCACCUUUAUGACGCAAUACCACCUGUUUUUAGCUACCUUCUUUUAAACCAUGAGGUUUGCAGUUAAAGAUUGCCUUUAUUUCCCUGGCAAAAAUACAAUUAUACAAUACAAAUAGCAGAUUCUGCAAUUCAUAGUGCACUUUAUUGUAACUUUCAUAUUUUAUACAUAAGUCAACUGCAUGUUUCAUUGUAGUGUUUAGUCUUUCUCCAGACAAGGAACAAUAUACAGAUGUAAUACUAUACAACCGCUAAAAGAUCAUUGCCUUUAUAUUUCAGAUAUAAAUGUUGUUAGUCAAGUCUUUCAUAUUUUCUUCUAUUUGUAUAACAAAUGUAUAUUGUCUGUACAGUUAUCAUACCCUAAAAAAAGAAUAAAGACUUUGUAUCAGUA